AUGCGUAUGCUUAGAACAAGACGCCAACAAGAAAAUACAAUGAUUUCAUGUAAUUUAUCACAAGAACCGACACUCUGGCCAUCUGUUGUACCCUUGGAAACAAAAUUAAAUUGUAUGAAUAAAUUUUUUGAUAAAAUGUCAAUGGCAUCAGUUCGUCAAGUUCUAUGUGCAGCAUGUAGUACUCUCCAAUACGUUGAUAUGAAUGUGAUAGAAACAUUACCAGAUGACGAUAAUCCAUAG